UCAGUGACGGAUAAAGCUCAGAGCAGUGCACCUCUCUGUCAGAUCACUCUUCUUCUUCUUCACUUCCAGAACAUAGACCCAGCUCACCUGAGGGACUGGACAUGAGGCUCUGUUUCUGGGCUGGAGCUCGACGUCUUCUGCUCGUCCUGGUUCUUCUCGCUCACAGAUCCGAGCAGCAUCAACCCAGAGAGAGACACUACUACAUCGCUGCUGUGGAGAUAGACUGGAACUACUCUGGAAAUGACUCUCACAGGUUCGGUCCCACCUAUAAGAAAGUGGUCUUUCGGGAAUAUGAGAAAGACUUCAGACAGGCAAAGACUCAUCCCUCCUGGUUAGGUCUGGUCGGACCCACCCUGCGGGCGGAGGAGGGCGAGACCAUUGUGGUCACUUUCAGAAACAUGGCGACGGGACCGCACAGCAUCCACCCACAUGGCAUCGCUUAUGGGAAACAGUCUGAAGGAGCUCACUACUUUGACAACACCUCACAGAAAGAGAAAGAGGACGACGUUGUGCAGCCCAACAGUGAACACGUUUACUACUGGGAGGUGACGUCAGAGGUUUCUCCACAGAAGAGUGACCCCACCUGUCUCACCUACAACUACAUCUCCCACCAGAAUGUUGUUGAGGACUACAACUCGGGCCUCAUCGGUACUUUGCUCAUCUGCAAGCACGGCAGUCUGGAUGAUUCAGGGAAGCAGGUCGGCGUCCACCAUGAAUACACGUUCCUCUUCGGGGUUUUUCAUGAGAAGGAGAGUAAAUACAAACCAAACAGCUACUCCUCGGAUAACCACGUCAAAUACACCAUCAACGGAUACACAGAGGGAUCCUUACCUGAUGUCAGUGUGUGUGCAAACGCCCCUGUCAGCCUGCAUCUGCUGGGUAUGAGCUCGGAGCCUGAGGUGUUCUCUGUGCACCUGAACGGACAUGUGCUGCAGCAGACUGGACAUAAAGUGUCGUCAGUGGGACUGAUCAGUGGCUCCUCCACCACGGCCAGAAUGCAGGCUCUACACACGGGCCGCUGGCUGCUCUCCUCUCUCACUGCAAAGCACAUGGAGGCGGGCAUGCAUGGUUUUGUGGAUGUGAAAAAGUGUGACGGCUUCAGAGCACCCAAUAGAAGAAUGACCAUUGAGCAGAAACGACAGAGCAAGGAGUGGAAAUACUACAUCGCUGCGGAGGAGAUCGUCUGGGACUACGUGCCUGAAAUUCAUGAACACGUUGACGAGGACUUUAAGCUCCAGUACCUGAGACAGUCACCAACACGCAUCGGUAAGAAGUACAAGAAGGCCGUGUACACACUGUACAAAAACGAGUCAUUCACUGAAAAGCUGGAGUCACAACAGAGGAAAAAUGAGCUGGGGAUAUUGGGUCCUGUCAUCAGGGCGCAAAUCAGAGAUGUCAUCAAGAUUGUGUUUAAGAACAUGGCCUCCAGGCCUUACAGCAUCUACCCGCAUGGACUGUCGAUAGAGAAGUCAGAAGAGGGCGCCAACUACCCAGCAGGAGGUAACCAGUCUCAUGGAGUUCAGCCAGGUGAGACUCACACUUAUGUAUGGAGAGUUUUGGAAGAGGAUGAGCCUUUGGGAGGAGACUCUCGAUGUCUGACACGACUGUACCACAGCGCGGUGGACACACCACGAGACAUCGCCUCAGGACUGAUCGGAUCAAUCCUCAUCUGCAAGAGUCAGUCCCUCAAUGUCAGAAAUGUUCAGCUGAGAGCAGACAAGGAGCAGCAUGCAAUGUUAGCUGUGUUUGAUGAGAACAAGAGCUGGUACCUGGACCACAACAUUCGACAAUAUUGUGAUCGAUCCAAAGUCAACAAGGCAGACCCCGACUUUUAUAAAUCCAAUGUCAUGCAUACAAUCAACGGUUAUAUGUUUGAGAGUGGCCCCCUCCUCGGCUUUUGCAAUGGUGAGGUUGCGACAUGGCACAUGUCCAGCGUUGGAGCGCAGGACUACAUCCAGACGGCUACUUUUUACGGACAUCCAUUUACGCUGAAUGAUCGCACAGAGGACUUCCUCAGCCUUUACCCCAUGACUGGAGAGACCAUCACUAUGAACAUGGAAAACAUUGGCCGCUGGCUCCUGGCUUCCCUGAACUCCCAUGAGACAAUGAAAGGAAUGCGUGUGAGAUUUCAGGAUGUCGAGUGCUACCGCGAUUACCAGUAUGAGUACAAUGACUUUGAAGAUCCAGAAAAUCCAGCAUUCACUCAGUGGAACCCUCUGAGCUUGGCUGAGAUCAAGAAGGAAGCGGAGGAGUCAAAAACUGAAAAAGAAAAGAAACCAGUUGAGAUAGAUAUCUACACAGAUUUCUUUGCAGCAGAAUUGGGUCUUAGGUCUCAAAAGAACCAAUCUAAGAGCUCGAGUGUUGAGUUGCUGGACCUGACUUUCCUCAACUAUGAUGUUGUUGAUGUCCCUGAUGGAGAUACGGAUAUUAUCCUUAAUAUGGCUAAUACAAAGCAUAAAUACAAGGACUCUAUACCGAAGCCGAAUGCACAAAAUGAGACAUUAUCUUCAAAAUGGAAAAAGUUGGAUGGACUGAAUAUUACAACAGAAAAUGUGUUGAACCUAAGCAGUGAGAAUACAACACAUUUUCAGAUCAGUAGCACCCGUUUAACUUUAGACAAUUCUACCACAUCUAAAACAGAGAAUACAACAGGUUUUCAUAGCUCAUAUACACUGGCAAAGAAUGAAACUAUUAUGACAAAUGCUAACAAUGCCACCAAUGCUACCAAUGCCACCAAUGCCACCAAUGCCACCAAUGCUACGACAUCAUCAAUGAUUGGAACUAUAACAAGAGAAAUUAACAAUCUCACAGUAACAUUACAUGGAAAUUCAAGUUCUGUCUUGGACGCUGAAGGAAUGAAUCUAACCCCAAAUGGGGAUAACCAGACUUUUAACAGUAAUAUCUUGGCAAAUAAAUCCAAGGAGAUGCUUACCAGAGGGGAUAUGUUCUCCGUCUCUGAGCCUCUAUCCAGUUUCUCCAAAAACAAUAUCCAUGAAACACCGAAUGGAAAUGUCACCUCCCUGUCACACAGAAAUGAAAAGGCUGUUGAGAAUAACACAGCGACUACUCAUGCUAAUGUGUCAGCAGAUGGAACAAACCAUUCAUUGUCUAUUCCAAUGACUGAUGUUGGAGAGGCUGAAAUCAAAACUGGCAACCAAACCAAAGCUAAUGACUCUCUGAACACCGCUGAGGAGCUAGAGUAUGGACUCAAAGGGAACUCUUCUGAUAAUGCCAAUAUUUCAUCCAAUUCCAGCCUUGAAAGCAUAUUGCAUACUCGUGGGGAAAUUGUGCCCUUGCAGAAUGUCUCGAUGAAUAUAUUAAUCUCAAAUUCAUCAUUGGAGAUUAGUAUGGAGGGAAGGGGUAAUGUUACAGCUCUUCUUGACCAGUCGAACCAAACAACAUCUUCAUCUUCACAUAGUUUGACCAAUGAGACCAUGAUUUCGGGAAACCUAUCCCUCUCCAGGAAGGACAGUUCUGAGGAGCUAUUUUCCUCAGAAAGCAAUGAAGAAGUGGUUAUCUACCUUAAAGAAAAUGAUGCAACGGUGAUUAAAACAAAAUCUGUAAAGACGCAAGAGUACAACUGGACCUAUGACGGAACUCACCAAGUGGUACCAUUGGAGAUUCCUGAUGACCUGAUGAAGUAUUUAGGUAAAGAGGCCCCCAAAACAACACCAACACCAAAAAAGACCAAGAAUGUCCGACAGAGACCCCAGAAGGGCCAAGGCAUGAAAACAAAGAGGAGGAAGGAAUACAAGCCUCAGGCAAGAAGUGGUUCACCAUUCUCUCCGCGAGGAUUCAAUACAGGCAUGGCCCCACGUGGGGCACGACCAAGUGUACCUCAUCCUUUCUCUGUUGAGGAUGAACUCAUUAACCAGCCUGUCGUCAUCGGUGUGCCUAGGCCUGAUUUCAGUGACUAUGAGCUGUAUAUUCCUGGAGAUGAACCGGAUCAUCUAGGAAUAGAUGAUCUAGAUGUGAAAGCAGAUGAAUAUGAGUAUGUUGUCUACAAAGACCCCUACAGUGAUCAUGAAGACAUCAAGAAUCUCAACCUGGACGAGACAGCCAAGUACUACCUGAAAUUCGCAGGCCCAAAUGUCAGAACUUAUUUCAUCGCUGCAGAAGAGGUUGAGUGGGACUAUGCCGGCUACGGACAGAGGAGGCAAGACAGGUCACAACUUAACAGCAGAGAGACGAAGUUCACCAAGGUGGUUUUCCGAGGUUACAUGGACAGUAGCUUCAGAACCCCUGAAAUAAGAGGGGAGAUGGAUGAGCAUUUAGGCAUUCUUGGACCUGUCAUUAAGGCAGAGGUUGGACAAAGCAUAAUGGUGGUGUUCAGGAACAAUGCCAACCGUCCAUUUUCAUUACAUCCAAAUGGCGUCACCUAUACCAAACAAACAGAAGGUCUGUCCUAUGAGGAUGGCUCUAAGUACUGGUAUCAAUAUGACGAUGAGGUUAAGCCCAAUACCACCUUCACAUAUUUGUGGAAGGUCCCUUCUGCGGUUGGGCCAACACCAGACGAGUCUAACUGUCGGACCUGGGCCUACUAUUCAGGUGUUAACCCUGAAAAGGAUAUCAACUCUGGCUUGAUUGGGCCUCUGCUGGUGUGUCGAGAGGGAACACUGGACAACAAGUUACCAAACAUGAGGGAGUUCAUGUUGCUCUUCAUGACCUUUGAUGAAUCCCAGAGCUGGUACUACGAGAAUAACCGCGAGAGGAUCCAGAGGAAAAGUCGAAGGAGAACUAUGGCCCUCAGCUUCAGGGAGGACCUCAAGUUCCAUUCCAUCAAUGGGAUUAUAUUCAACCUGAAAGGUCUGCGGAUGUACACAAACCAGCUUGUGGCUUGGCACCUGAUCAACAUGGGUUCUCCAAAAGACUUUCAGAGUGUCCACUUCCACGGACAGACAUUCCUCCACAAGAAGACCACCAGCUACAGACAAGCUGUGUACCCGCUGCUGCCUGGAAGUUUUGCUACUCUGGAGAUGUAUCCAUCCAAACCCGGCCUGUGGCAGCUGGAGACAGAAGUCGGCUUCAACCAACAGAAGGGCAUGCAGACCCUCUUUCUGGCUCUAGAUGAUGACUGUUACCGUCCGCUGGGUCUGGAGUCAGGCAGCGUGAAAGAUGAACAGAUCACCGCAAUCAACACCAGAGGAUACUGGGAACCCCAUCUCGCCAGACUGAACAAUCAUGGCAAAUACAACGCCUGGAGCACAGAGAAGAACCACAGCUGGAUUCAGGUGGACUUCCAGCGGCCAGUUGUGAUCAGCCAGGUCGCCACGCAGGGAGCCAAACAGCUCUUCCAUUCCCAGUUUGUGGUCAGGUACUACAUCUCUUACAGCACGGACCGCAGGAACUGGAUCUUCUUUAAGGGCAACAGCAGGGACCUCAGGAAGUCGUUCACCGGGAACCAGGAAUCCCACGAGGUGAGCAAAAACAUCUUCUUUCCUCCUGUGAUUGGACGGUUCAUCAGACUUCACCCUGUCGACUGGUACGGCAAGGGAACACUUCGCAUGGAGUUCUACGGCUGUGAGCUGGAUGGCUGCUCAGUGCCUCUGGGGAUGGAGACCGGACUCAUCGAAGACCAUCGGAUCACAGCCAGCUCCAGAGCCACCAGCUGGUACUCUGGACCCUGGAAACCCUCACUCGCUCGUCUCAACAAACAGGGAACCAUCAACGCGUGGCAGGCAAAUUAUAACGACAUGAACCAGUGGCUUCAGGUGGAGCUGCCUCAGGUUAAAAAGAUCACAGGUAUCAUAACACAAGGAGCCAUGGCUCUGGGGAAACAGAUGUACGUCAUCUCCUACUCUCUGCUGUACAGCGACAAUGGGAUCCACUGGAACCAGUACACAGACGACGAGGCUAUCUCCUCCAAGACAUUCUUUGGAAAUACAGAUAACAACGACCACGUCAAGAACUACAUCUACCCUCCAAUUUUCUCCCGAUUCAUCCGGAUCGUUCCCAAAAGCUGGAUGGGCUCCAUCACUAUGCGGAUAGAACUCCUGGGCUGUGACUUUGAGUGAAACACACACACCUUUAAAAUAACAUUAUGACAAUUCAGAGGGCUGUACUACUACUACUACACAGGAUCACUAAGUGAGUAAUGUUGAGCCCAAAGUCAGAGCUUACAGUUUUUUGUAGCGGUCUCGCUUUUUACCGGGCUGGAUCACCAUGACUCACUACUCUUUAUGUUCAAAGUUUCAGUUCUGAAAUCGUCUUUAUAAAGCAUCAGUCUUUCACUUAUUCUACCCAUAUCAGCAUUCUUCAUAAGAAUAUAUGCAAUAUGUUACACACAUGUUUUAUUUUAUUUUAAAGGUCACAUGUUAUGCUAAAUACACUUCACCAUGUUCCUCUAACACUAAUAUGUGUCCCUAGUCUGUCUACAAACCCCCCAAUGAUGAGAAAAGUCCAUCUUCUGUGUCUUCUGCCUGCUCCACUUUUCAGAAAAUGUGUGCUCAAACAGGCCGUUUGGAGAAUUCCCUUCAUGACAUCACAAAGGGCAGUAGCCCCUCCCCCAGGUGGGUGACACUCCCACAGCUAGGUGUUUGUUCUGCCCUCCGAGUCUGCCUUCUCACCGUAAACAAUAGGACAUGGAGCGAGAAAGCCAGAGUACACCCAAGCCCUUCCAGAGAGGGGGCGUGGUCAGACACAGCUCAUUUACAUUUAAAGGUACAGACACAGAAACAGCCUGUUCUGAGCAGGGCUGAAAUAGAGGGGUUCAUAGACAUGAUCAAAUACAGGAUCAGAGUGGAUUUAGAACAAGAAACUUCACACACAUGUUUUGAGGAGCUCUGAGACUUAUUUAAACUGGUUGAAGAGGAGGAGAAUAUGUCACCUUUAAAUUUGAGUAACACAUCAGCACACACACAGUAGCCAUCAGGCUGAGGUUUUUUUGUGUCAUACAGGAAGUCUAGUGCCCACUAAAUGCAAGUUACAACAAAGAGUGAACUGGUAUGGUAUCACAAAUUAUGAAUUUCAAUAUGAUCUGGAAAAAGGAAUUCACCACCCUCACAUGUACAGAACAAGAUCAGCAAAGGAAUAGUAUGCAUCACUUUGUCCACAGGGGGGCGCCAAAAUCAACAAAAACUGAAAAGAAAGUUCAACGAGUGGUCUAGAAAUAAUUCAAUUAAGGAAUUUGCACUUUUUUAGUAUUCUUUAUUUUCUUAUAUGUCCCUCAUGACGAUCAGGUGACAAACAAUCAGGCCUUUUCUGUGAUGAUGUGUCGAUGACUUGGUCUUAGUUUGUUUGGUAGUACACCCCUCUGGUCAAUUAUGCACGCUCAAAUAAAGACCUAAGCAAACUGAAGCAUACAUGUGGUGCAUGCACAUCCAUUUCCAAAAUAUACAGUCAUUUAUCAAGGGCACUAUAUGCAUAAAUAUACUCACAGGUAUGGUGUAGGGCAUUUGUUAAACUCAUCAUACAGCUUGUGAAACUCAGCUGCUGCAUGAGUCAUGGCUCCUGCUGAUGGGGAAUGUUACCUCCUUUAAUGUCACCUUUGGGUGCUGCAGCAGAAGAAAAAAAAAAGAUGGAAAGAUUGGAGAUUUUUUGCAACAGAUGAUUACGUUUUCAGAUCCACAAAUAUAUUCCCAAACUAAUUUGUAAAUGCACUAAGUAUGAGUAAUCCUAACCCAUGCGUCAUAGUUUUAUGUGUUUUUGAAAUAUGAGUUUUAUUUUUAUGCUGACAUCAGAAAUGAUUAUAAAUUAAUGUAAAUAUGUAAGUAGACAUCACGUAAUUUAUUUGUCAAUAAAAAUGAUUGCUGUUCUUA